AAUGCUUGUAAGCCAGAGGUGAGAGUGGCUCAGCGGUGCAAUAUCAGGAAGUCUGGCAGACUGGAAGAGAACAGCUGCCCGCCAGGGUAGCUGCCAAGCGUGAAGCAUGGAAGAAACCAAGAACGAGAAGGUGAACCAGGCUCACGUUCUCUUCGACAGAUUUGUCCAGGCUUCAACCUGCAAGGGGACUCUCAAGGCUUUCCAAGAGCUCUGUGAUUACCUAGAACUCAAACCCAAGGACUAUCGUUCUUUCUAUCACAAACUCAAGUCCAAACUCAAUUACUGGAAAGCCAAAGCCUUGUGGGCCAAAUUGGACAAGAGGGGCAGCCAUAAAGACUACAAGAAGGGGAAAGCAUGCGCCAACACAAAGUGUCUGAUAAUUGGGGCUGGACCCUGUGGCCUUCGUACAGCCAUCGACCUGUCAUUCCUCGGAGCGAAGGUGGUGGUCAUAGAGAAGAGGGAUGCCUUUUCCCGCAACAACGUCCUGCAUUUGUGGCCGUUCACCAUUCACGACUUGCGGGGCCUUGGCGCCAAGAAGUUCUACGGCAAAUUCUGUGCGGGAUCCAUAGACCAUAUCAGUAUCCGUCAGCUCCAGCUUAUCCUUUUGAAGGUUGCCUUGAUCUUGGGAAUUGAGAUCCAUGUCAAUGUGGAAUUUCAGGGGCUUGUUUACCCUCCUGAGGAUCAGGAGAAUGAAAGGAUAGGUUGGCGUGCACUGGUCCACCCCAAAACACAUCCAGUAUCUGAGUAUGAGUUUGAAGUAAUCAUUGGAGGGGAUGGCAGGAGGAACACCUUAGAAGGGUUUCGCCGAAAAGAGUUCCGUGGCAAACUAGCAAUUGCUAUCACAGCAAACUUCAUAAAUCGCAACACCACAGCUGAAGCCAAAGUAGAAGAGAUCAGCGGUGUGGCCUUCAUAUUCAAUCAGAAGUUCUUCCAGGAUCUGCGAGAAGCCACAGGUAUUGACUUAGAGAACAUUGUCUACUACAAAGAUGACACCCACUACUUUGUUAUGACAGCCAAAAAGCAGAGCUUACUGGACAAAGGAGUGAUACGGCAUGAUUAUGCUGACACGGAGUUAUUGCUCUCACGGGAGAAUGUGGACCAGGAGGCCUUGCUAAACUACGCCAGAGAAGCAGCUGACUUCUCCACUAAUCAGCAGCUGCCCUCACUGGACUUUGCCAUCAACCACUAUGGGCAGCCAGAUGUUGCUAUGUUUGACUUCACGUGUAUGUACGCGUCAGAGAAUGCAGCGCUGGUGCGGGAGCAGAAUGGCCACCAGUUACUUGUGGCAUUGGUUGGGGACAGUCUCUUAGAGCCUUUCUGGCCAAUGGGAACUGGAAUAGCCAGAGGAUUUCUGGCUGCAAUGGACUCUGCUUGGAUGGUACGAAGUUGGUCGCUCGGAGCUAGUCCUUUGGAAGUUCUUGCAGAGAGGGAAAGCAUUUAUAGGCUACUGCCUCAGACAACCCCUGAGAAUGUGAGUAAAAACUUCAGCCAUUACAGUAUUGAUCCUGCCACCCGGUAUCCCAACAUCAACGUCAACUUCUUGAGGCCACAGCAGGUGCGCCACUUGUAUAAUACAGGAGACUUGAAAGAUAUUCACUUGGAAAUAGAAAACUUUGUGAAUUCCAGGACCCCGAAGCUGACUCGGAAUGAGUCCGUAGCUCGCUCCAGCAAAUUGCUCAGUUGGUGCCAGCGGCAGACGGAUGGAUAUGCUGGAGUAAAUGUGACAGAUCUCACAAUGUCUUGGAAAAGUGGCCUAGCUUUGUGUGCCAUUAUCCACAGAUACCGUCCAGACCUGAUAGACUUUGAUUCUUUGGAUGAGCACAAUGUAGAGAAAAAUAACCAGCUGGCCUUUGACAUCUCUGAGAAAGAGUUUGGAAUAUCUCCCAUAAUGACUGGAAAGGAAAUGGCAUCUGUUGGAGAGCCCGAUAAGCUGUCCAUGGUGAUGUACCUCACGCAGUUCUAUGAGAUGUUCAAAGACACCAUCCCCUCUAGUGACAAUCUGGAGCUGAAUGCAGAAGAAAAAGCUGCCUUGAUUGCUAGUACCAAAUCUCCCAUCUCUUUUCUCAGCAAACUGGGUCAAAGCAUCUCUCGGAAACGCACUCCAAAGGACAAAAAAGAAAAGGAACUAGAUGGUGCAGGAAAGCGGAGGAAAACAAGCCAGUCUGAGGAUGAGGACAUCCCUCGAAGCUACAGAGAAGAAAGGCCCACACUGGUGAGCGCCCUGACAGAGAGGAGAAUUGAUGCUGCCAUUGGGAAUCAGAAUAAAGUGAAGUCCAUGGCAACCCAGCUACUGGCCAAGUUUGAGGAGAAUGCACCUGUGCCGUCCUCAAGCGUGCGGAGACAGCAGCCUGUUCUGCCUUAUCAAGAACGUGUUCACAACCCACCAUCCAGCAGACGAGAACAGGGCCGUCUUGCUUCUGUGCCCCAGUGGAAACAGGGCUCUCUCAAAAAGGAGUUCCCCCAAAACGUGGGAGGCAGUGAUGUGUGUUACUUCUGCCACAAACGAGUCUACGUGAUGGAAAGACUGAGUGCUGAAGGCAAGUUCUUCCACCGCAGUUGCUUCAAGUGUGAAUACUGUGCCACCACUCUACGGUUGUCAUCUUACGCCUAUGAUAUCGAAGAUGGUAAAUUCUACUGUAAGCCUCACUACUGUUACCGGCUCUCUGGUUAUGCUCAGAGGAAGAGGCCAGCAGUGGCUCCUCUGUCAGGAAAGGACACCAAGGGACCUCUGCAGGACGCCAUGGCAAGUGAUGGGAAUGGACGGGCAAAUUCCAUCUCGGCCUCAGCAGAGAGGAGCCCAGGUGCCAACCUCAAUGGGCUGGAAGAGCCCAGCCUUGCCAAGCGGCUGCGUGGCACCCCCGAGCGCAUCGAGCUGGAGAACUACCGCCUCUCCCUGCAGCGGGAAGAAGAACUGGAAGAGGUUCCCGAAGAGACACUGGCAGAGCAUAACCUGAGCAGUGUAUUAGACAAAGUGACAGAAGACGAUGGGCCCAGCAGUAGUUCGGAGUCUGAGAUGGAGGAGGAAGAUGAGGAAGAUGAAGAUGAACUACUGCAGCCUCGGCAACCCCCCUCAGACUUGGGUGGCGUGCCGUGGAAAGAGGCUGUGCGAAUCCAUGCCCUCCUGAAGGGAAAGAGUGAAGAAGAGAUUGAGGCCGAGGAGAAUCUUGACAUUGAAGACAGAGAGGGAGAAUAUGAUGAGGAUGAAGAAGAUGAAGAGGAGGAGGAUGAGCAGUCUAGUGAAGAGGGAGAGUAUUGCCCUUGGGAGAGAGAGCUGCAGCAAGGCCUCUGGCUUCAACAUCUCUCAAAUGAAGAGGACACGGGUACAUUUAAAGCUGGAAACCUUAGACUGCAGCAGAUUGUAAAUCCGGUUGAUCCCUUGGAGAUCCUGGCAGAUGUGCACUGGACACACAUCCGUGAAAAAGAGGAGGAGGAAAAAAUGGUCCCAGCCUCCAAGUCCUCCACCUCCAGAGCAUCCGACCUUCCCUCGGUACGCCGUGAGGCGGUACAGGCGUGGCUGGAGACGGUCCCUGGAGCUCCAUGUGAGGAUAAUGAAGUGGAGGAUGAGCUGGGCACAGAGCCUGCAGACACGGAAGGGCAGGCAGGUGAAGAGGGAGACACGGGUGCAGAGCUGGAUGACGAUGACAUUGCAUCUGAUGCAGAAGCUGAGUUUCGCUUACAUCAAGGGGACACAGAAGAACCGGAGCUGAAAGUCUCUGAAGAUGAAGAAGAUGAAGAAGGAACAGAAGGUGCUUCUUGCAGUGUGUCAAAAGCUCCAUGCAAACCAUCCAUCCCUAUCCAGCCAGCUAACGACAGUGUUCUUCCUCUGUCUCCUGUUGAUAGUCCGAAAGCAAAAGAAACAGAGGAUGCAAAAGAUCUCCUUGCUGCAAUAUCCCAUCCUAUAAAAUCUCCCGAGGCACGCUUUUUCCCUGAGCCUUUCAUUCCUGAAGAAGGACCAAAGGAAGAAAUCCCAAAAGACAGGAAAGUUAAGAGCCCUUCCGUGCCAGUCUCUCCGGUAUUAUCCCAGCCAGUUGCAUCACCAGAAGCCAUUGCAUCUCCAUCACCAGCAGAGUCUCAGCCAGCAGCACCAACAUCGUCUUCAUCCCCAACAUCUGCUCCAACGCCUAUCUGUUCACAGCCUUUGCCUUCUACUGAAACGACUAUUCCAUCCCCAGUGGAGCCUCCAGUAUGCUUCCAACCUGUCCCAGCCUUAACGUCUACUCCUCUGGCCAAACUGGUCCUAAGGAGCCAGGGUACUGAGGUGGAAAAACUGGGGAGCCCUACGACAGCAGAAGAAGCCCUGAAACGGAGUAAUCUUGUAGAAGAGUUCUGGAUGAAGAGUGCUGAAAUCCGGAGGAGCUUAGGCCUCACCCCGGUAGACAGAAACAAGCGCUCAGAGCCAAGUGUGACUGUAUCUGCCCUUGAGACAACUCAGCUGAAGUCUUUCAACAGUGAGAAUGUUUCAGGGGAGGAGAGGGUCCAUCUCGUGAAACCCCAGCCCGCCCCAAGAAGACAGGGACUGUCCAAGUUAGAAAAUGAGCAGAUUUCCCUGCUCACUCCAAAAUCUCCAUCAGAAAAAGAUCUGAAGAACUCUAAUGAAGUAAGAAGAGAUGUGUCCAGCAGUUCUGGUCUUGGCCUUCAGGAGAGUUCGUCUAACAUGAGAACAAUGGCUAGCCAGAGCUUCAACACUUCUGACUCUACCAUGCUUACUCCUCCAUCGAGUCCACCUCCGCCACCUCCUCGGGAUGAGGAACCAGCUACCUUGCGUAAAAAGAGGCAUCAAGCCAUUUGGCAAAAUGAGGUUGAAGCCAAGUCACCUCCAACACCAGCAUCAACACCUCCUGCUCCCCCACGGUAUGAGCCAACCUCUGCUGCCAAAGAGUCAGCCCAGGCCAAAAAAGAAGAAGUGCGGAAGUCUUUUGCCGAGAGUGUAGAUGAGAUUCCAUUUGCUGAUGAUGUAGAGGAUACUUACGAUGAGAGAACAGAGGACACAAGUCUUCAAGAGAAGUUCUUCACACCUCCUACCAGUAGGCCAAGGCCAGAGAAACCUCUUCUUUUGCCCUUGGUCAAAGAAAAUGGUGGUCUACCAUCAAUGGAAGGAGAAGUUAACCAAAAGAAAAGAGUGCUGCCUGGAAUUUCUCUAGAAGCCAAGGAGCUCGCAGAAGAAAGAAUGAGAGCCAGAGAGAAGUCUGUCAAGAGCCAAGCACUACGCGAUGCCAUGGCUCAACAGUUGUGUAAGAUGAAAGAUAUGGAGAUGGCAGCUGCUGCUGGGUCUGCAAGGGCACGAAAGGCAUCUUCCAUGCCCUUGAAGACCAAGGAGUUAUUUUAUAACUCUCCAAAGCACUUAGCCUUGAAAAUAGCAGAGAGCUCUACACUAAAGCAUGAUGCUGCUAGUGAAAAGUUCUCCACUCCUGCUGAGGUGGCUGGGCCUGAAGGGUCCAUCACCUCUUCAGAAGGCUCUAGUGGAAAGAGUAAGAAAAGAACUUCUCUUUUCUCCCCUCGUAAGAACAAAAAGGAGAAGAAAUCCAAAAAUGACAGCAGGCUUUCUGACAAAUCUAGUGGUGGGACAGAGGAAGGAACAAAAACUAGAUCAUUAUGGAAGUCUGUUUUUUCGGGCUAUAAGAAAGACAAGAAGAAAAAGACUGAUGACAAGUCCUGCCCCAGUACGCCCUCAAGUAGCGCCACGGUGGAUUCUGGCAAGCACAAGGCUUCUGCAUUGGUUACAGCAGCAGAUUUGCAGCUACGUCGACACCUGAGUUUCUCAGAGGACUCUGACCUCUCCAGUGAUGAUAUUUUAGAACGUUCCUCCCAGAAAUCCAAGCGAGAGUCGAUUUAUGUACCACACGCCUUGGCAUUCAAGAGAUCAUACUCGUCAAAGAGAGCCUACACAGAAGAGGAACUGAAUGCCAAGCUGACUCGGCGAGUGCAGAAAGCUGCCCGUAGACAAGCCAAGCAGGAGGAGCUAAAGAGGUUACACAGAGCCCAGAUCAUCCAGCGCCAGCUUGAGCAGGUGGAAGAGAAGCAGAGACAACUUGAGGAGAGAGGAGUUGCUGUGGAGAAGGCCCUUCGGGGAGAAGCAGUUGAGCCCAAUGCCGGGACACCACGUCGUAGACCUCUCUCCUUCUGCCCUUGCUGUGCCCACGAAGGGAUGGGGAAGAAGGAUGAUCCGAAGCUGAUGCAGGAGUGGUUCAAGCUGGUGCAGGAGAAGAACGCUUUGGUUCGCUACGAGUCCGAGCUGAUGAUAUUUGCUCGGGAACUGGAACUAGAAGACAGGCAGAGUCGGUUGCAGCAGGAGCUCCGGGAGAGGAUGGCGGUGGAAGAUCAUCUAAAGACGGAUGAGGAGCUCUCGGAGGAGAAGAGGAUCCUGAACGAGAUGCUAGAAGUGGUAGAGCAGAGAGAUUCUCUUGUGGCUCUCCUUGAGGAGCAACGGCUUCGAGAAAAAGAGGAGGACAAGGACCUGGAGGCAGUCAUGCUCUCCAAAGGCUUUAGCUUGAACUGGUCCUGAGCUUCAACCAUUCACCUCUGCUGGUCUGUGUUGUCCAGUUGGCCUACCCUGAGUUUGCCAGAAUUACAUGGAUAGGAAGAUACUGAAGGGGAAACCUCGAAAGGGUCCGCCAGCAUGCAGGGAUUCGGUCUGAAGCGCUCAGAAGCCUUUUGAUAAGUGUGUUGGAUCCAGAAGCUUAAGUUUCAUGUGUUUGCAAGCCAAGUUGAAGAUAGUGGGCUGAGACUAUGCAGUCUCCAUGAGGUCCCAUAGAACGGACCAUCUUUUUUCCUUAUGGUAGAAGGGAAAGGAACAAACUGUGUGUGUGGGGAAGGAGGUUAAGGGGAGAAGCACCCUUAACUAAACAGGAUUUUUGGCAGUCCAUUCCUUUCCCAUUGUCAUUGCACCAGUUCUAAUAGAAGAGAGGGAAGGGGCAACCCCUCUCUGGAGAACCACAGCAGCCUGUAGCAGCCUGUAUGGAGGAGUCAGCUAUCCAAGAGCGCUCCAGAAGCCCAAGGCAGCACCUUCUUUGCUUUAGUCUUCCUCCCCACCAAAGAAACCUGCAGUUGAUUAUUAAGCAUGGGUUUGAAGAAACACGAGACAGAGAAGAUUCUGCUUGUAUGGAGUGAUGUAACUCCCUGCAUCCCGGUUUUUAGAGAGAGUUGGGCAUCAGAGGACUCUCUCCCUGUUGUGGUCCUCCUACAUGUUGUUAUUGCUGUGGGGAGAAAAGGGGAAAAGAAGAGCGGAAAGAUGCCCUUCUGCUUUGCUACACACUGGAGAGAGAGCUCCCGCUGGCCUUCGUCUUCACGGCCACAGCUCGGAGGCUGAUGGGUUUCUUUGUUCUGCUUUUGUUUUGACACUGGAAAAUACUGACUGUGGGACAGCAGUAAGUGUGUGCUGGGGUAGGGGUGUUACCAGGCGUUUCCUGGCUGUCAGCCCCCAAAAGGGAGAAGCCCUUAAGUGACUGAACCACCAUUAAGACUUUUCAGUGUUUUUAUUUUUUCUUCUGUAUUUUGUUUUUGCACAUUGGAAACAAAGCUUAAGACCUGCCUGGGCCCUCAGUCACUUUGACCCUUUUAUGUCAAUUAACUUAUUUUUUUAAUACUUGAAAGAAGAUUCAUUUUUGUAUCUUUUAAGAGAAAUAUGGAUGAGUGAUGGGUGUGUGUGCCUGCUACAUCCUACAACCUCCACUUCUAAAUUACUGGACGUUGUUACCUGUGGCUAUUUAUUAGUGUUCUUAUUAAUAAUGUUAAUGUUACACAUCUUUGAUUGUGGAGGGGGUGUUUUAACUCUGUUAGAGGAAGACACUACUGCGGAUUGGUCCCUGCUUCACAACAAGGGCAGCAUUUAUGGACCCAUGGAUGCAUCCUGCCCUUUACAAUGGGCAUUCCCUUUACAAUGGGAUGCAUUCCCUUUAAAAUGAAAUCCGGUGCGUUCAUGGAGUUGUGAGAAUCUAUUUGUGUUCCUAGGACACUUUUCUUCUGCAUCCCACGUUCCCCCCAGGGUAAACUUCUAAUUUAUUUAAAUAUUAAAUGUGUAUAACAGGAAAGCCAAAACUGUGAGGUAGAGACAUCCCAUAUUCUCACUGAAAGAGAGGACCCUCCCAUUCCUGAGAUACAGCGAGAGGGGCUUCCACGUAAGUAAAAAUAGCUGGAAAACCAUUUCCUGGUGCAUCUGUUGGAAGAAGCUCAUGUUGGCUCAGCUGAUGAAGCUGCUGCUUUUAAGCCACAAGGGAGCCUGUUGUAAUCCCACAUGAAGACAUGAGCAGGAGAUGCACUGAGCAAUUCAGCACCCUUGAGUGUCUGACAGAUUCCCAAGCUCAUCACACCCUUGACUUGUCCCGCAGAGCUGAAGCAGCACUGUGUGCUGGGUGGGCGUCUCAUCCGUCAUGUGGCACGUUGAGAAUUUUUUCCCCUCGAGUUGUCAACUACUUUUCCUGUUAAGAAAUACCGAGCCUGCUCCUCAGUAUCUUUGAGAACGUGUCUGUUUCCCAAGUGCAUUCCUACAGCGCACGGACUUUCAGCCUGACAAUGCUGUUGGUGCGAGAUACCCAAGCAGGGCUCCACAUCCUCUAAUCUUUUGCCCCAGAUAGAAAGAUAGAAGUUAACAUGGUUUCAUGUUGUUGACAGUCUGCCUUCAACAAAGAUGUUUUCUGUUAGCCAGGGUCUACAAUUUCAAUUCAUAUCUGAGUCCUGAACAUAUCUCAAGCUAAGGGCAGUCCCCAAAGAUUCUCAGCAGUGCUUGUUAACUGUGCAGACGUGGUUUUUUUCCACCUCAAAUGUUUUCCCUUCAUCCUCCGUAGUGUUUUCUGCUGAAGCAUUAAAAAUUAAACGCAAACUUCCAUGAAACAAAGCAGACAAGCCACCGCUGUGCUGUUCAGUAAUCGUGCGUGUUAGCAAGUGGUACCUGCUGCGCCAGGAUCGUGGCACAGAGCUCCUUCUAAGCGCUGGUGAACCAGCGGGAUGUCUGCAAACAGAAUUUCGCCCGUGUGCCAGCGCAGAGGCCAGCUGCAGGAGUCACGUUGCCAGUGGUGGUUUACACGGUAUGUGUUCAAGCGGCCAGUGGAAACUGAAGUGGAGGAGGGAAGAAGGGAACCUAAACAGUAGGUGAUUGUAAAUUUGUUCCCGUACAGAGAAUUGGCCUCUGUCCAUUCCAUAGUGCAUGUGUAUGUGGAGCACAUCUGACUAUGAACAAAAAAUAUCUUUGAAUAUGAGCUGUAGGACAGAAAUCCUGAAGAAGAAAUACCAGGUUACUGCUUCUCCCUUAGUGCUGAAGGACACUGGCCA